AUGUUUAAAAGCAGCAAGGAGGAUCUUCAGGUGUUACCUGUUUUUAGGCCAAAUAAAAAAAUUUGUUUUGAUUUGGCUUUCAAGUCCUUUGCUUUAAAGGUUCCGGACGAUUGGAUUAUUCCAGACGUCAACACAGAAUUUCUGGAACGUAACUCUUGCCCGGAAGCAUUGAAGCAGGUGAAGGAAACUGAUCUGGUUAUUUGGGUGGAUCCACUGGACGGAACGGGCGAGUAUACGCAGGGUUUUCUGGAAGGAGUUACGGAGCUCAUUGGCAUAGCGGUCAAUGAUCGAGCCGUGGGAGGUGUAAUUCAUCAGCCCUAUUUUAAGGCCGAUACGGGUGAGCUGGGUCGGACAAUUUGGGGAGUACAAGGAAUUGGUACCGGUAGAUUUACACCCAAACGCCCUCCAACCGAUCGGUUCAUAGUGACCACAACUAGAUCCCAUUCCACUGCAGUAGUUCAAGCUGCUUUAGAUGCUUUAUCGCCGGUCGGUAUUCUUAAAGUCGGUGGAGCUGGGUAUAAAGUGUUACAGCUCCUGGAAGGAAAUGCUCAUGCACAUGUUUUCGCGAGUGCUGGUUGCAAAAAGUGGGAUACCUGCGCUCCGGAGGCAGUACUCGAGGCUCAAGGUGGAACGUUGACAGACAUUCUGGGAAGGCAUUAUCGCUACGGGAAGGAUGUACGAUUUCCGAAUGCUUGUGGCGUACUAGGAUCUGCCAGUGGCAUUGCUCACAAAGACAUACUAGCCAAGUUGCCGGACAGUGUGAAACAAGCGAUGAACAAAACAGAAUAGAUGACUUGUUCUAAUAAAGGUUCUAGUACAAUUAACCGUUCUAAAACACCUACAUUUAUUGACAUCAUUAAAAAGAUACCAGUUCCGGAAUCCCAUAACAAAUUGGCAAUUAUUUACAGUUUAGAUUUAGGUUUCUGAAGCAGCGCCCUAAGGUCUCCUUAGAAUUUUACCACUCAAAUUUUUCGGAAUUUCUGCUAUGAAUCGAACACCUCCAUGCAAUCUCUUAGUCGGUGAGGUUCUAUCCGCAACGUAUUUUUUUAAUUCUUCUUCACUGACUGAAACAUCAUCCUGUUUAACGACAAAAGCGAGCGGAAGCUCACCAGCUUCUUCGUCUGGCAGACCAAUCACAGCUGCAUCUUUCACCUUCGGAUUAGUCAACAAAAUUGCUUCUAUUUCGGCGGGUGGUACCUGGAAAGCUUUGUACUUAAUCAGUUCCUUCAAACGAUCUACAACAUAGAACUCCAGAUCCUCGUCAUAGUAUCCAAUAUCGCUGGUGUGCAGCCAGCCGUCCUUGUCAAUCGUUUCUUGAGUUGCUUUAUCGUUCCCGAUAUAGUCCUUCAUGAUUUAAAGCAAAGCUCUCCGUGCUGGUUCGGUCCCAAGGCUUUUCCGGUCUCCGUAUCAAUUACCUUGGCUAGAAUAUCGUUGGCUUAACCAUAUCAUCUCUUCGGUCCACUCAUCACGAAAUUCUUCCCGAAUCUGUCGAAUAUCCGGGAAAAGCUUCAAACGCUCGGUUUAUUUUGCCGGCACAGUGUUCUGCACAAGCAAAGUACAAAAUGAUAUGGGACCUGGUUUGUACGUGUUACCACCACAGAACAGUGAAUCAGGCAGUAAAACCGCAUUUGACCAUACGAAAGCAAUGGAGCACCAGGGACAAAGCAUGACCGUUUCGAUCGUUGAAUCCUUCAAAGAUUCAGAUCAUCGUCCAGAAUAUCAUUCAAAUCCGGGGUACAUUAAGGAAAAUGAUACUGAUAGCGACUCAGAAACCAAAGAGAACGUAACGGUUGAAGGAUUGACUGAGCAAGCACUUUCGGAGUAUUUCGAACCAUUUAUCAGACUUCGAUGCUCCCAUUAACUUCGAUAUGGAUAUGGAAUUUCAUGAAGAAGAAAUUAAUGUAACCCUUUAUUUUGUUUUUAUUUUGGCGAGUGUGAUCCUCUCAUAUGAUUGUUUGUGUAUAUGCUGACAAUAAACAUAAAAAUGCAACGUCUAUUAUUUUACAUAAAAUACA